AAGUGAGAGAGACCUGCAGAGCUGCACCCUGUCGCUGGGAAGAGCUGCUGCCCUGUUAAGUUUUGUCAGAGUCCUGACCAGUUAAAGGCUGGACCAGGAGCUGGACUCUCUCUCCUGCAGGUUCAACUCUGACACUAUACAAUCUGUACAGGAAUGGCCUCACCCAGCAGUGUCCUGUCUGAAGAGCAGUUCCUGUGCUCUAUCUGUCUGGACACAUUCACCAGCCCAGUGUCCACUCCAUGUGGACACAGCUUCUGUCUGGCCUGUAUUGGAGGAUACUGGGACAGCAGUGAUGUGUGUCAGUGUCCACUGUGUAAGGAGACAUUUUACAGAAGACCUGAUCUCCGUGUGAACAGAAGCCUGGCAGAAAUCACUGAGCAGUUCAAGAGGACCAGAGUCAGCAGUGAUGAAGGACUUUCUUCUAAACCUGGAGAAGUGUCCUGUGAUAUCUGCACUGGGAGAAAACUCAACGCUGUGAAAUCCUGUCUGAUGUGUCUGAUGUCAUACUGUUCAGUUCACAUCCAGCCUCACUAUGACCUUGUUAAACUGAAGAAGCACAGACUGAUUGAGCCAGUGGAGAGCCUUGAGGACAGGCUGUGUGAGAAGCAUGAGAGACUCCUUGAGCUGUUCUGCAGGACUGACCAGACCUGUGUUUGUGUGCUGUGUACUGAGAUUGACCACAAGACACACAGCACUGUCCCUUUAGAGCAGGAAUGCAGAGUGAAAAAGAGUUUGAGAGGCUUCGCAAACAUGCAGGCUGGCGGAGACAACGAGGAGGUGAAGAUGACUGAGGCAGAGUUUGAGAGGCUUCGCAAACAUGCAGCUGACGUGACUCUGGACCCUGAUACAGCUCACUGUGAUCUCUCCCUGUCUGAGGAUGGGAAGAGAGUGAGAUUGGGACAGAAGAGUUUUGAUUCCUGGCUCUGUGUCGAGAGCAGGGAGAGUUUCACCUCAGGGAGACACUACUGGGAGGUGGAAGUGAAUGACAAGUGGAGAAUAGGACUGAGCAGAGAUCUGCGGCCCAGGAGGCUGGGGGUGUGUGUGGAUAUUGAGGACAGGAAGGUUUCCUUUUACACAGUGGAGUCCAGGACUCACAUCCACACCUUCACUGACAUGGUCUUCAAUCAGGGGGAGAAGAUCUAUCCUGUCUUCUGGACCUGGGAUUCAGAUAAAAACCUUGUGCUGCUGCCUGCUCCUCAACCUCGACCUCCUCCUCCUCAUCUGAUAGGUGGACUCCCGGCUUAUACCGCUGACAAACUCCUGGACUCUAGAUGGAACCAAGGCACCCUACAGUAUCUGGUUGACUGGGAAGGCUGUGGCCCUGAUCAUGGGUUCCUGAAAAAGAUCAAUAUUCAAUAUGUCAAUUCCUUGACUUUCAUGGAGCCUUACCAGAUCGACUAG